GCAGUCACUUGCCUCAAGGUGGGCUCCACAGCAACAGCAACAUGGACGAAUUCUGCCGGAAAAACAUGUCGUUGGACCGGCACGGUGGGAAGUAAUUUUGGUACCAACAGCGUCAAUGGCGGAGACUACAGUUGUAACGGCCGCUGCGGUGCCGGAUGCUCAGGAUCGGCGGUGGGUAAUGCGUAUACGCAGGACUGCUUCUCGCAUGAUAUCUGCUCGUGGUUCAAUAAUGCCAGUGGCGGAGCGAGUGAUGCAAAUUGUGGCGCCGCAUACAACGCUGCUGUUGAUGAUACACUGCUUGGAAGUGUGAAUGGGUGUGGGCAGACGAAUCCGAGCAAUGCGGCAGCAAGGCCUGGGAACAGUCCAGUGUGC